UGACUGUGUUUUUAUUUGGUAAAGCAACUACAAAACACUUAGCACUUUCACAAUGCAGCAAGACACGUUUCGGCAUGAAAAAGGAAACAAAGGAAUCCGUGUCACAAGGUCAAAGGAUAAAUCUUAAGUAGCAAAACUUGUGUACUUUUCUAUUUCGUAGCAAAAUUCCAAGUUGUUACGAAUUGGAAGUCUGCGACCAAUCAAGUGAUCGGAAGUGAAUUGUUUCUGUUAGAUACUUAUCAGCGUUGAUUCUAGUUGAUAGUUUGCUAAGCCAAUAGAAACGCUUCAAUAGAAUCAACUCAGCGAGCUAACGACCACUGGGUAUUUAAACCCAUCAAGUCAGAGUAACACACCACAUGCGCUCCUCGCACUGGGAAGAGAAAGUUUGAACGGGUCAGGAAAAAACAAUUCAAACUUUGCUUUGCAGCGACGAGAACGCAUCCCGGAAACAACCAAAUAUGGAUUCCGCACUGCUGUUUGAAGAAUUCAUGGAUGCAAGCGCUUUGGAUUUUACCGAGUUAGAAGAGCAAUAUCCUUUACGCGGAUAUUUGCAGAGCAGCACAGAUGGUAUGCUUGAUCAACACGUUGACUCGAUGACUUUAUCGUGUCCAGUAGAUGUCUACCUUGAUUACCUGUUUUCUAAGGGCAUUGUGGACUCUAUGGAUGAACACAUCUUCCUGGGACCAGAUUGCGAUGAGGUAGGGGAGCUGAAGGAGCACCUCAUUUCCUCAGUGUUUAACUCGUACUACAAGCAAACGUUUGAAUUCGAGAAGGGCACGUGCGGGAAAGAUAACCUCGUAAUGUCGGCAAGUUUAUUGCUCCCUGACGUCAGCGAUUCCAGCAGCGAUUCAGCCUCUUUGAGCGAUGCAGUCAGCGAUAUUUCUGAUAACUUGGAAGGGCUUGCAACUCGAUAUCAAUAUCCAGGGCCAGAAGGUCAAACAGCAGUGAUGGGCCUCCCGCUCACCAAGCCAGGCGCAAGCAAACAGGCGGGCGUGCGCGCGGAGCGCGCGAGACGUCGCGUGCCCACGCGGGAGUACAAGUGCAGUUUUCCGGGCUGUAGUAAGAUGUAUACAAAGAGUUCGCAUCUUAAAGCGCAUAUACGACGCCAUACUGGAGAAAAACCGUUCGCUUGUACGUGGAAAGGAUGUAACUGGAGGUUCUCGAGAUCGGAUGAACUGGCUCGUCACAAGCGCUCUCACAGCGGGAUCAAACCAUUCAUUUGUGAUUUAUGCGACAAAAGGUUUUCUCGCUCUGAUCAUUUAGCCAAGCACAGGAAGACUCAUAAUCGUGCGAGGAAAAACUCUUCUUUUGUUGUAAAAAUGUGAAAAAAAAUCACGUCUAAACUCGUUAUUUUUUAUUGAAACUGCGAAACUCUUAUUUUUAAGAACAUAAACAUGUCAUGUGAUGUUUCUAGUUCAAAGUCAACACGUCAAGAGCUUUCCAAGUGCGAACCCCUUGUUGUUAAAGUUUAUCUAUUCUAAAUGUCUUACUUUCUGUGUAAAUAUGUUUUUACAUAGCCACUUCCGAGCUCACCAUUCACAGAUAUAUAUAUAUUUGUUUUCUCUGGUGUACGUUUCCAAGACAACUUCCGGUGUAUGUAUUUUAAUACGAAAUCGACGAAAACCAACGAGAAAAGUAAUAUAGUUUUCGCCGUAGUUUGAAGAAGAGCGAGCAUAUUGUUUGAAGCAUGUAGGACAUUCAAUUGCCACGACAAGUUGUUAACAAUAUUAAGAUGUUAAAUAUUGUAGAAGACCCUUGCACCAUGCAAUAAAGUCCAUAUUUUCUC